UCACCCCACUUGGUUCUUUAUGAUAUAGAGUAUAAAAACUCACGUCCAAAAACUAUUGAUAUCAAUCAUUGAAAGAUAUUGAAUAUAGAAAAAUGUUCUCCAAAAUCGUUGCUUUUGGCGCCCUACUGGCUGCGGCCAAUGCUGGUCUUUAUGGACAUGCAGUGUCUUCUCAAAGUAUUAUCCGACAUGAUGGAGGACAAUACGCUGCCCCUCUGGCAUACGCUCCUGUGGUUUAUGCCCCUGUCGCACAAUAUGGACACUACGACGGCGCCCAUUACGACGGACAUGAUACUUACGCUCACCCCAAAUACGACUUCGCGUACUCAGUAGCCGACCCCCACACCGGUGACCACAAGUCCCAGCACGAGAGCCGCGACGGUGACGCCGUGCACGGAUACUACUCCCUGGUGCAGCCCGAUGGCUCCGUCCGCAAAGUUGAAUACACCGCUGAUGCUCACAAUGGUUUCAAUGCUGUAGUGCACAACUCUGCCCCGUCGAUUCAUCCUCAGCCCGCUUACCAUCAUUAUUACUAAGCGAACUCGUCGUCGAACAGAAUUCCUUUACUAAUAAACGUUGUAUAGCAUUAGUAUACUUAAAUAACGCUUUGUCUUCUUCUUUCUAAUGUAGAAUUACGGAUGACAGAAAGAGAAUAAUAGCUACCUUACCCACUAUAAAGCGUUUAUUAGUUUACCCAUAAGUAUUUAUUAUU